UGCGGAACUAGCUCAACAUUCGUUUGGCAGGAAUCUAAAAUAAUAAAAUUGGAUAAAGAACAUUUUAGAGAAUCUCCUGUUUCCAUAGAGGAUGAAAAACAUUUUAGAGAAUCUCCUGUUUCUAUAGAGGAUAAAGAACAUUUUAGAGAAUUUCCUGUUUCUAUAGAGGAUAAAGAACAUUUUAGAGAAUCUCCUGUUUCCAUAGAGGAUGAAAAACAUUUUAGAGAAUCUCCUGUUUCCAUAGAGGAUAAAGAACAUUUUAGAGAAUCUCCUGUUUCUAUAGAGGAUAAAGAACAUUUUAGAGAAUUUCCUGUUUCUAUAGAGGAUAAAGAACAUUUUAGAGAAUCUCCUGUUUCCAUAGAGGAUGAAAAACAUUUUAGAGAAUUUCCUGUUUCCAUAGAGGAUAAAGAACAUUUUAGAGAAUCUCCUGUUUCCAUAGAGGAUAAAGAACAUUUUAGAGAAUUUCCUGUUUCCAUAGAGGAUAAAGAACAUUUUAGAGAAUCUCCUGUUUCCAUAAAGGAUAAAGAACAUUUUAGAGAAUUUCCUGUUUCCAUAGAAGAUAAAGAACAUUUUAGAGAAUUUCCUGUUUCCAUAGAGGAUAAAGAACAUUUUAGAGAAUCUCCUGUUUCCAUAGAGGAUAAAGAACAUUUUAGAGAAUUUCCUGUUUCCAUAGAAGAUAAAGAACAUUUUAGAGAAUUUCCUGUUUCCAUAGAAGAUAAAGAACAUUUUAGAGAAUCUCCUGUUUCCAUAGAGGAUAAAGAACAUUUUAGAGAAUUUCCUGUUUCCAUAGAGGAUAAAGAACAUUUUAGAGAAUUUCCUGUUUCCAUAGAGGAUAAAGAACAUUUUAGAGAAUCUCCUGUUUCCGAUGGGCUACUGACAACCACGGAGUGUUACAUGAAGCAGAACAACCAACACUUAGUACAAAUGAGCUACUGA